AAAAAAAAAAACUGGUUUGUCCCCCAUGUGCAUUCAUUAUUGCUGGUGGCAGUCGAUAUAUGCGUUAGAUACAGUGCGCAAUCCCUCCAACGUAACUGGGCGUAAAUGAAAUGUUGGGAGGCUCUCCCUCAAUACCUUAAUACUCACACAUAAUAAAUGACCACAUUUACCAUCUCUCACUUAUCAUCGCACUCAUCAUUAAAGGUUUCCCUGUAAAUCCAUCUGUUGCAGCCUCAUACCCUAGGUAACCCUCCUAUUGAGGUAUUUCCUACCUAGUAAUUAUCUCACCAUGACUACCCCAACUUUCACCAAUAUCGAGAAGCGGGCGGGUGUGCUGGAUUUCUUGCGCCGCCAAUUAUUCGAAGAACCGACUUUACCACAUGAUGUCGACCUCACAGGGAAAACAGUAGUUGUAACUGGAUCAAAUACCGGCAUCGGCUUCGAAUGUGCCCGUCAGUUACUGGACUUGGGAACGAGCAAGCUUAUUAUGGCAGUACGCAAUGAAUCCAAGGGACAAGCAGCAAGAUCGGCUUUACUGUCGAGCCAUUCUUCUCUCCCGGAAAAUAGCAUCGAAGUAUGGCAACUAGAUCUCCAUUCAUACGAUAGCAUCACCGCAUUUGUAGAACGUACAAAGGAUCUCGAACGCCUAGACAUUGUCAUUUUAAAUGCUGGCAUAUCGAAGCAGUUCUUCGACCUCACCCCAUCAACAGGCCACGAGGAAACCAUCCAGGUCAAUGUUAUAUCGACCGCUCUGCUCGCUAUCAACCUCCUUCCUCUACUGAAGCUUAAGAACCCCCCAGGCCAACCUGGUUGCUUAGUUAUAGUAUCAUCAGAUGUAGCGUCUUGGGCUAAGUUCAAAGAGAGAAACUCUACGCCGCUCUUGGCUGCGCUUGACAAGCGCGAGGCAUUCAGCAAAAUAGAUCGUUAUCCCACCUCUAAGCUUCUUGCUCAGUUAUUUGUGACCGAGCUGACGAGACGAGUCCCCUCUUCUGUUGCUGUGGUCACGCUUCCUAAUCCAGGUUGGUGCUAUAAUACGGGCCUCGGACAUGUCUCGGGUGGCACCAUCGGAGAGAGGAUUGUGGCCAUCCCCAGGCGGAUCUUAGGGCGCCGCCCUUCGGUUGGAGCUCGAGCAGUUACCGACGCAGCCGUUCAUUAUGGGGUCGAGGCGCACGGCCAGUAUAGUGAAGACUGUAAAUUACAGCCCAAAGCCCCUAUUUUCUACAAGCCUGAAGGCGAUAAGCUUUCCAAGACACUUUGGGACGAGGUUAUGGCGGAGCUGUCAUUCGCAAAGGUGAGAGAUAUCAUUCAAGAACUUGAAAAAGGGAACUAGUUAUAGUGCCUGUAGUAUCAUUUUGAGCCUUUCAUUGCUGAUCGAGAACUAUGGAACUUCUAUGUAUCUACUACAAUUUUGUGUCGGUAGCCAAUACCUAAUCGCCCAGUUUGUUGCUUUAGGUCGAAUAGGCGUUUAGUAGUAUGCGUCAACUUUCCACUAGAUACAAGUUGUUGUAGAACAAUAAUAAGAGUUGCUCAUUGUGAACUUGAAAUGGUGUCGACUCCUAAGGACAGAAAUAUCACAACUUUUUCAUAUCUUACUACCUAGCGCAAAAGCAGACUACUGUCAAACAACAUGACCCCGCGGAGCGGGGGUCAUGUUGAGACAUCCUUUAGCACCUUGCCUUAGGUAGGUAAGGUAGGUACUUACAUGGCCCCAUGGUUUCAUGGAGAGAGGUGAGGAAUAUCUUAAAGUAAUGUGCUACUCUAGGUACCUGACCUUAGGUAGGAGGUAGGUAGGUAGGUACCUUAGGUACGCAACUUUCAGACAUAUCUUCCUAAAUGUUAAACA